GGCAACUGCAACAACAAAAAAGUGGACGUCAAUGGCGGAAAAUGGCGGAAACCAGUGAUACUCCAAGAAGCAAGGCCUAAUUGGAAAAUUCAUCGAUACGAUCAAGAUAUUCCUGGACCUAAGGAGGUAUCAACUUUCCAAUAAAUCAGCAGCCAUUAACAAAAACACAAUGGAUCAGAAGAAAAUAGACGAGCUAGAAGAGGAGAUGUCCAGGUUUGAGCAAGAAAUCGCCGGACAGUUGCCUCCUCCACCAAAGCCACCGUCGUUUGAAAAUUCUGCGCACUCUUCAGAGUACAACCAACAAGAGUAUGAUGAGGCUCCUGAAUACAGUUCCCCGGCAUUCCCACAUAAUCUCGACCAUCCUGCAUUUAGAGAACGUGGUGGUGACUUUCCAAGGUUUCCUCAUCCUGAUUCUAGCCACAUGCCUCCUGGGCUGCCGCACUUGCCGCCAUUGCCCCCGCUGCCACAAGGACUACCACUACCUGAAGGCCUUCAAAUUCCUCCUAAUAUGCCCCAGUUUGUUCCCCCACCUUUGCCCCCAGUUAUGCUUAAUCCAGUGCAUGUUCCGUCUGCUCCAGUCAUUAAACCCCCGACAGUUCCGUUAGACAAUUAUGACCCGUCAGAAGUGGUUGAAGACAGGACCGGGGAGACAGGUUAUACAGGUGCUGAUGGUCAAAGGGGUGACAAGAAAAGAGGGGAGAAGAGGAAAUUUGUCCGAGUUGGUGGGGGUCAAACCUGGGAAGAUGAUACUUUGUCAGAUUGGGAUCCAAAUGAUUUCAGAUUGUUUUGUGGCGAUCUUGGAAACGAAGUAAGUGACGAAUACCUGUUCAGGGCAUUCGCAAAAUACCCUUCGAUUCUCAAGGCAAAGGUUGUUAGAGACAGAAAGACAAAAAAGUCAAAAGGUUUCGGAUUUGUCAGUUUCAAAGACCCACAAGAUUACUUGAAAGCAAUGCGAGAAAUGAACGGAAAAUAUGUGGGAAAUAGACCGAUCAAGCUACGCAAAAGCACAUGGAAAGAUAGGAACGUUGAAGUCGCCCGUAAAAAGGAGAAAGAGAAAAAGAAGCUUGGCCUUAGGUGAUGUAUUUGUAUUGGACCAUUGUUUCUUAAAAAGCACUUACCCGUGUUUGUUUGAAUCAGUCCUGUUUGUGAAGAAACAAGUGAUGAGCCAGUAAAAACUCCAGACGCCUCCCUGCAAAACGAGCACUGCAAAAUGGACAUAGAUUGAUUACUAAAUGACGUUGCAAUUAUUAUUUUGUUGAAUGUUGGUUGGUGACCUUACAGCAAACCUCUUUUUUAAGGAAUUAUAGAGAACCCGCAGUCAGACUUAAUAGUUACCUUCAUCUUUUAAUUAUGCUUUUCAAACGUGGUGCAUACCAAAGUACAGUAUCCCAACUCUGCCUCAAUAAGCGCCAUUUUGCCCAACUACCCCCCUUUUUAAAAAUUCUUUCCGAUGCCACAUGAUCUGUUGCCCCCCUUCCUCUCUCCAGCUUUCCACUUCCCCUAAGGUUAAGAAUUGUGUUUAGUAACGAUCCGGUUGUUAAAACCCUUAGUUGUUAAAACCUCUAGCUGUAAAAAGUAAAACCUAAAUACACGAAGCUAUUCUUGUUUGGUUGUAUUUCCAAUCUGA